AUGAAUAAAUUUAUUCGCAAAAACUCAUUAAAUACACAAGCUCUAAAAGAAUAAGAAAACAAAAAACUCAAAUAAUACAUUCUCCAAAUGGAACAAGACCAAUCCCUUUAUGAAACUUUGACAUAGGAGUAAAUAUUUGGUAUUCUCUGCAUCAUCCUCACUAAAUCAUCUUAUCACAGAACUCAAUCGGAAAUAGAAAUCCUUAAAAAAGCUACUAUUCAUAUAGACUAUUUCUAAAAAUUAGUAGAGAAAGAUCAAGGUCCCUUAUUAUGGGAAAGAUGUUUAAGAAAAAUGAGCUAUACAUAUCUUUCUUAUGGUCAAACAUUGUUUCGAGAAGGGGAUGUUGGUACUACCUUCUAUAUUAUCUUAUAAGGAAGGGUAUCUAUCCAUAAAAGAUUAUUAGUCUAAGAGGAAUUUUAAGAUAAAGAAUUAAUCUAAUUGUAAGAUGGAUAGGGCUUUGGAGAGUUAGCACUUGAGAAUAACGAGCCUCGUUCUGCCUCUGUGAAGGCCAUACUUCCAACUCAUCUGGCAGUCUUGGAAGCUGAAGAUUAUAUGGUUAUCAAAAAAACUGUGAUUAACCAACAAAGAUAAAUGUAUUUUGAAGAGUUUGCUAAAUUGAGUAUUUUUAGAGAUUGGAAGUUUACGAGUAUUAAAUCUCUAUUCGAUGUAAUUAAAUAAAAUAAAUAUCGACUUAAUCACACUAUUUUCAAAGAAGGUGAUCCUUCAAAUGAAGUCUAUUUUAUAUAAACUGGUUAAUUCAAAGCAGUUAAGACUUUAAGAAUAACAUAAGAAAUUGAAGAGAAUAGUUCUUAAGAUGAUCUAUAAAAAUUGAAAGAUCGCUUUGCAUACUCUAAACCAAGUCUAUCUAAUUCUGACAAAAUAGAUAUGCUCUAUCAGAAAAAGAAAUAUGGAAACCUUGUCAUUGGAGACAAAAAGUCAAGUAUGACAUUAAAAUUUGUUGGUGCUGGCGAGAUGUUCGGAGAAUUAGAAAUAUUAAAAUAAUAAGACUUAUGUAGAUAAUUUAGUUUUAUAUCCACUUUUGAAUCCAACACUGUGUAUUCUGUCUCCAAAAGAGAUUUCUUAAGAGUCUUAUAGAAUGACCCACCAUUAUUGCAAAGUCUGAACUCCUUAAAUGACGAUAAACUAAAAUAGGCUCUGGCACAGAUUAAAGCAUAUGAAAAGAAUUUUAUAGAUUAAACAGAGAAAUAAUCCAUUCUUCAAAAAACUUAAAUCAAAGAAUAACUUAAUCCAAAAUUAUUAACUGAUGAAGAUCUGGAAUCUAAAGUUUUAGUACGCAAUAAAACUUUCGUUUCUAAAGUCGGUAGUAAAAAAUAGUGUGUUGAUAAAAAAAUUAGAGAACUUACCUUAACUUUGCAACCUCCUAAAUAUGAAAUGAAUUAUAGUACAUUACUGACUUAAUUAUAUGAAUCUCAAAAACAUAGAAGAUAAAGAACUGAGCAGUAAAUUAAUUUGGUUUCUAAGAAAGGUUCUAAAACCAUAAAAAAUUCAUUUGAACAAAGACCAAAAACAGAAAUGAUGUCUCAUGACUCUCCUAAGUUAAAUGUACAUAUAAGCAAUGUUCUAUCAAAAUUAUUUGCAUCGUAGCCUAUAAUAAAGAGUAAUUUCAACGAAGAAGAAGAGAACUAAAAUAAAGAAUAAUAACAAUUCAAUAUAAAAGAUAUCAAAAAAAGCAUGGAUCAGUUUUAGGAUAGUUCUCAAAAUUGGUUAAAGAAAUAUCCUACCGAAAGCACAUUAACCAGAAGAAUACAUUCAACAACUUCUAGAUAAUUAUAAACAAGUCCCAAAUCAUCUAAAUUUGGGCAAAUAGAUAGAUUUAAUUCUAAUUCGUUUAAAUCACAUCUUCCCUUAGUUUUGCAAAAUAAGUAUUUUAGAUUAACACCUAAAUAAUAAUGA